UUGCUCUCAGCCAAUUUGCAAGACCAGAGUGGCAAUGCUCUGCAAACGGAUAUUUUCUUCUUUUAUACACUGAAUCGUCGUCUUUCAACUUUCACCUGCGUCCGUGUCUCCUAUUCAAUUUUGGUCAAUUUUCUUUCUAUGAAUGAUGGAGAUUUUCCCUCUUCUUCUUCUUUGUAUUCCUUAACUUCUUCUUCUUCUUCUUCUUCUUUCGCUUUUCUUUUCCCUUUUAUCAACUGUCCCCUCCCCCUAAUAAUUUUUAUCAUCUUCUUCUUUUCCCACCUUCUAAUAAUAAUCAUCUUUUUCUUUCCCACCACCUACUAUAUUUCACUUCUUCCAUCUUUUCUUAUCUUCUUCCUUCCUUUUUUCUUUGUUUCUCCUCCCCGUCUUCAUAAUUCCUCCCUCCACCAUCUUCCCGUCCUCCUCCUCUCCCCAUUUUGCUACUUUUCCUUUCCGUCUCUUUCCUCCUUAAAUAAUUCUCCUCUUCCUCCUCUUGUUCGUCACCCCUACGUAUUGCUCUUAUUUCUUGCCUUCAUCUUUAUCUUUUUUCUUUUUUUCGUUUUUUCUCUCUUCCAUCUCAUCACAGACGAUACAUUUCCAUUUUUUUCGUCGUCUUCCUCAAUAAUUUCCUCUUCUCCCCGCUUCCACUUGUUCGAUUUUAAUUUCUCCUCCUUUCUAUUCAUUACUCUUUCUCUUUUAUUUCCUUUCUUAAUACUUUUAAUUUUCUAUAAUCCUAUCCGUUUAUCUACAUCUUCUACUUUCCUUGUGCCUCUUUGUGCAUCCUUGUAUUUCGUAACUCUGCUUUAUUCUCUUUUCCUCAUUCUUUUUCUUUUUCUUCUUUUUCUGUUUUUGUGCGUCCUUGUAUUCCCUGAAUUCAGUUUCUUCUUCUUCUUCUUCUUCUUCUUCUUCUUCUUCUUCUUCUUCUUCUUCUUCUUUAACUUCAUUAGUUCAAUGUCUUUUCUUCUUAUUUUUCUUCUUAUUUUUCUUUGUAUUCCUUUGUAUUCUUCUCUGUCUCUCCUUCUUUUUCUUCUUUGUAAUCCUUCAAACUUCAUUUGUCAAUGUCUUUUCUUCUUCUUUGUAUUCUUUAAUCUCAAUGUCUUUUCUUUUUCUACUCUUCCUUCUUCUUCUCCUCUUCCUUCUUCUUUAUAUCUCUUAAGUUCAUUGGUUCAUUGUCUUUUCUUCUCCUCCUUCUUCUUUGCAUUCCUUAACCUCAAUGUCUUUUCUUUUUCUCCUGUUACUACUACUUCUUCCCCUUCUCCCUCCUUCUUCUUCUCCUUUGUAUUCCUUAACCUCAGUGUCUUUUCUUCUUUUCCUCUGCGUUCUUUUUCUUCUCCUUCUCUCUCUUCUUCUUCUUUGUAUUCUUUAAUUUUAUUGGUUCAACGUCUUUUCUUUUUCUUCUUUGUAUUUCUUAACCUUCUUCUCCUCUUCCUUCUUCCUCCCCGUCUCCCCCUCCUCUUCUUCUUCUUUGUAUUCCUUAAUCUCAAUGUCUUUUUUCUUCAUCUUGCUUCAUCUCAAUGCCCCCCUCCUUCUGUGUUUAUUCCCUGCCCCUUUCCUUCCUCUUUGAUUAACAUUGGUCUUAUGAAGUACAUUUUAGCUUAA